GAGACAGACAGAAAGAGACAAAAACAGAGACCCAGAGACAGAGGAACCAAGACCCAGCAGAAGAGGGCGACAGAGACACACAGAGAGACAGAGACAAAAACAGAGAGGAACCAAGACCCAAGGAGAGAGGGCGAUGGAGCCUCAGAAAGUGAGGCAGACAGAGAUCCAGAGAGAGGGAGAGGGGCAGAGUCCCAGGGAGGGGGAGCAUAGACCCAGAGGGUAAGAGAUAGAGACCUAGAGAGAGACAAAAGCUAAAGAAGGACUGAGACCAGAGAGGGGCCAAAGCCCCAGAGAGAAAGGACGAGACCCUCACAGAGAGACAGGCAGAGCCCGAGGAACACUUAGAAAGGGAACCAGAUCCCCAGAGUAGUGGGGACAGGUGGGGAACACUCAGAGACAACGGAGAAAAAGUGACAGACUCUUAAGUGGGAACGGGGCUUGGGAUGAGAAUACGGACCUGCGUGGCGCCUGCAGAGGGAGGCGACGAGCCAGCGACCGCAGCAGCCCCUGACCCGUCCUCUCCGCUCUCGCAGGCGCCUCCUCCCGCCCCGCGCCUAGGACCGCCCAGGGGGCGGAGCGCCUACCCCAGUGACUGAGAAGCUGUGGCCGGCUCUCCCCGCUGCUCUCCUCUGUGCAUGUACCAGCGCCCACUCCUUUACCCGUCUCUUGGCGCCCCUGUCCGCAAUAUCUGUGGUUUAGGCUUCAUUCCCUUUCCUCCACCGGCUGGAAACUUUCACCCUUCCUCAAGGCCUCGUGGGCUCUGACCCGGAAUCUCUCCAUUCCAGCCCUGGCCCCCACCCCCGUGUCCAGCGAAGCAAAUGUCUUUCCCCUAACAGGUGCCUCAUUUCCUGUUCUCCAUCUCACCAGCCUGGCGGCUCCUGGAGCUCUGAAUGCUCAUUUUUAACGCCCCACUCCGCCAUCCACUUAUUAGUCUCAUCUUCCUCUGGGCCACUGAAGACGUUCCCAACCCCUUACAGAUCCCACCCAUCUGCCUGUCUCUUCCCAUCCAUCAUCGGACCCUCUUCCUAACGAAGUCCAAGUUUGCAACCCACAGCAGGACCUGAUGGCGCACGUCUGUCAUCCCAGCUACCGGGAGGCUGAGGCAGAGGCAGAGUAGCAAACCUAACGCCUCUCUGAACUCUUCAGCCUGCAGUCUCGGCCCCUCCCUAGUUCCCACCCAGAAGAUCCCAGGCCUCUUCUUCCACCCCUCCCCACUGUCCCAGUGUCUUACCGUCGCCUGUCUCCUGUCCGUUUGUUUGUUUGUUUGUUUUUUAAAUCAGGUUCCAUCUCCAUCUUCAGCUCUGUCUGCCUCCCACCCCAAGUGAGACCCUUCCCCUCAGUGUCCAGGCCCAAUAACGACUGUUAUUAAUUUCCUGGGUUUCCAAUCACUGUUAACCUAACCAAACCAUUUCCUAUUCAUCUGUUUUUCCAGUACAGGUCCUGCCUACCAAGACUUUAGGCCAGUUACCAGUUUGUUUGUUUGUUUUUUUUUUUGUCAGUUUCUCCUACUGCGAUUUUUUUUUUUUGAGGUAGAAUUUCAUGUCACCCAGGCUGGACUCCAUCUCAGUCUGCAGCAUGACCUUGAACUCCUGACCCCCCUGUCUCCACCGCACCUGUCUCUCUCAUACCUGGCUCCUAGGUCUCCAUUUUCGCUGUGCUGCUGAGUUAGGCAUUUUUAGGGUUCCCUUGACGCCCCGCCCUCUUCUAGGUACGACCCAAUCCCUGAGGCUUCUGUGCAACCCCACCUCCUCCAGCUAGGGUACGGAGUCCGUCUAGCUGUGACCCCGCCCAGCCCCUCGGCCCAAUCAGCUCUUGUCCUCCCUGCACCUACCCAAUCGCGCCCUCUUCAUCCAUUCAUCGUCUCCUCUCAUCCAAUCACGUUGGCCUUUCCACCCGGACCCCGCCCCUAAGAUCCUGCCUCCCCCCAGCCCCGCCUCCCCGUCCAAUGCUGAGCUCAGUGUGCGUUUGGUCCUUCCGCGGGCGCCAGGAGGCCGGCGAGCAGCAACCGCAGCCGGCACCAACGCCGCAGCCGCCCGAGUCUCCGCCGCCGCCGCUGCAUCAGCAGUGCGCGCAGCCCGGCCCUGCCGCGUGCCCGGCGGGUGCUCCGCUUUCCCGCGGGCCCGGGGGCCGGCGCGCCGAGCCAUGCCCCGGGCUGCCGGCGGUGGCCAUGGGGCGGCACGGCGGCGGCGGCGGCGACAGCGGUAAGAUCGUGAUCAACGUGGGCGGCGUGCGCCAUGAGACGUACCGCUCCACGUUGCGCACCCUGCCGGGGACACGGCUGGCCGGGCUGACCGAGCCCGAGGCGGCCGCGCGCUUCGACUACGAUCCGGGUACGGACGAGUUCUUCUUUGACCGCCACCCGGGUGUCUUCGCCUACGUACUCAACUACUACCGCACCGGCAAGCUGCACUGCCCGGCCGACGUGUGCGGUCCUCUCUUCGAGGAGGAGCUAGGCUUCUGGGGCAUCGACGAGACGGACGUGGAGGCCUGCUGCUGGAUGACCUACCGCCAGCACCGCGACGCAGAGGAGGCACUCGACUCCUUCGAGGCCCCGGACUCCUCGGGCGCCGCCAACGCCUCCAACGCCGGAGGCGCCCACGAUGCAGGCCUGGACGACGAGGCAGGCGCCGGAGGUGGCGGGCUGGACGGAGCAGGCGGUGAACUCAAGCGCCUGUGCUUCCAGGACGCGGGCGGAGGCGCCGGGGGACCUGCCGGGGGCGCGGGAGGCGCGGGCGGCACGUGGUGGCGGCGCUGGCAGCCCCGCGUGUGGGCGCUUUUCGAGGACCCCUACUCGUCGCGGGCCGCCAGGUAUGUGGCCUUUGCGUCCCUCUUCUUCAUCCUCAUCUCCAUCACCACCUUCUGCCUGGAGACCCACGAGGGCUUCAUCCACAUCAGCAACAAGACGGUGACGCAGGCUUCUCCCAUCCCCGGGGCUCCCCCGGAGAACAUCACCAACGUGGAGGUGGAGACGGAGCCCUUCUUGACCUAUGUGGAAGGCGUGUGCGUGGUUUGGUUCACCUUCGAGUUCCUCAUGCGUGUCACCUUCUGCCCGGAUAAGGUGGAGUUCCUCAAAAGCAGCCUCAACAUCAUCGACUGUGUGGCCAUCCUGCCCUUCUACCUGGAGGUGGGCCUCAGCGGCCUGUCCUCCAAAGCCGCCAAGGACGUUCUGGGCUUCCUGCGCGUCGUCCGCUUCGUGCGCAUCCUGCGCAUCUUCAAGCUGACCCGCCACUUCGUGGGCCUGCGGGUCCUGGGCCACACGCUGCGUGCCAGCACCAACGAGUUCCUGCUGCUCAUCAUCUUCCUGGCUCUGGGUGUGCUCAUCUUUGCCACCAUGAUCUACUAUGCUGAACGCAUUGGUGCCGACCCUGAUGACAUCCUGGGCUCCAAUCACACCUACUUCAAGAACAUCCCCAUCGGCUUCUGGUGGGCCGUGGUCACCAUGACCACCCUGGGCUAUGGAGACAUGUAUCCCAAGACGUGGUCUGGGAUGCUGGUGGGAGCAUUGUGUGCUCUGGCAGGAGUGCUGACCAUUGCCAUGCCGGUGCCCGUCAUCGUGAACAACUUCGGCAUGUACUAUUCACUGGCUAUGGCCAAGCAGAAAUUGCCAAAGAAGAAAAACAAACACAUCCCCAGGCCUCCACAGCCUGGCUCACCCAACUACUGUAAGCCUGACCCCCCGCCUCCACCCCCACCACAUCCCCACCACGGCAGCGGUGGCAUCAGCCCACCACCGCCCAUCACCCCUCCCUCCAUGGGGGUGACGGUGGCUGGGGCCUACCCACCUGGACCCCACACGCACCCCGGGCUGCUCAGGGGUGGUGCUGGGGGACUGGGCAUCAUGGGAUUGCCUCCCCUGCCAGCCCCUGGUGAGCCCUGCCCACUGGCUCAAGAAGAGGUGAUUGAAACCAACAGGGCAGGCAGUGACUUGGGUGUCCUGGAGGAAGGAGUAGACCCCCGUCCCAAUGGGGACCCUGCAGCAGCUGCACUGGCCCAUGAGGACUGCCCUGCCAUCGACCAACCAGCCAUGUCUCCAGAAGACAAGAGCCCGAUCACUCCCGGAAGCCGGGGUCGCUACAGCCGGGACCGAGCCUGCUUCCUUGUCACUGACUAUGCCCCUUCCCCUGAUGGAUCCAUCCGAAAAGGUUACGAGAAGUCCCGCAGCCUGAGCAGCAUUGUGGGCCUGAGCGGGGUGUCCCUGCGCCUCGCGCCCCUCGCCACUCCCCCUGGCUCGCCCCGGGCCACGCGCCGAGCUCCCCCAACCUUGCCCUCCAUCCUCUAGCGCUUCCCUCCCCCCUGUGGGGGGACUGGGGGUGAUGGGAAGGUCUAAAGGCGCUGGGAGUGGGGGGUGGGGAAGGGGUCCUUUAAAAAAUGUCAUUAAUAAUAUGCAAAAGAGAUGACGAUGCCAGCAGACACCCCCGGCCUCACUCCCCACAUACUAGAGAACCCCAGGAUACAGGGGGCGGGGCCGGAGCCUGUUCUCCCCCAACUCUCUCCCCUCUCAGAAAAAAAAAAGGAAAAAAAAAAAAAAGAAAACCUCAGGUCUCCAUGAGCCAUAGGACACCCCUCCCAUCGACUCCUGUAAAUAACUAAAAGCUGAUUCCAUCUUGGGGCACCCACUCCAGUUUGCAUGCCUCCCAGACCCCCUCUUCAGCAAUAAGCCGCCAGGAGCUGCGUGCAGAGCGUUGGAGGGGAGGCCACUGGGAGCUUCUGGGGUCGGGGAUGGCAUUUUAGGGGUUUUACUGAUCACUCACCAAAAGGGCGACCCACCCAUCACUAUCGAUUCAGGAAAAACAAACAAAAAACCCUCUAGGAACAUGUAGGGAAAGGAAAGCAGGUUAAUCAGCCGCAGCCUUGAGGAGCUCAGCUGGGGGGUGUGGGGUUCUGCCAGCUGCUCCCGGGCUUGGAGGACUCCAGCUGGUGCAUUCCACCUACGCCCGCCUCCAGGGAUCUGCUUCCUCUAUGCGCUGCAUGGACUCCAGGCCCAGAAUCCUCCACCGCACCCUGUCUCCACUCUAUCCCAGACCAUGAGACUAGCACCCUAGACUUCCGGAGAUUGACCCCGGCACCCUGCACCCUCAUCCCCGCGCACUCCGGCACCCCACACUCCCCAUCUCCAUCACUCCGCCCGUCCACCACUGGCCACGCCUGCUCCUCUGUUCUUCCGCCCUCCCAGCCCCUUCCUUUGCACCCCAGCUCACUUCCAGACUCCAGGGCCUAACCGUCCUCAUGACCACCCAGACAUUGCCCAGACACACCCAUAUCCAUUCACGCUCCCCCAACCCAGACAGCCCUGGCCCCCUGAUGUCACACUUCCCAGUCCCAGGUGCCUCUGAUGCAAGGCCUUCCCCGACGGGCUCCGCCUGUCUGAUUCCAGGGAGCUCCCACCCCGUCCAGCAUCUCUGUCUAGGCAAACCCCCCUCAAAGCCCUUUCCACCGAGAUGGUGCCAAAGCAGAGUUUCCCAGAGCGUGGGACCCCUGUUCCCUCGUGUGCUGUAGUUUGCAGAGUACACAAACGACCAAGUGUUUCAAACGUGUAUGCUCCAGGCUCGAGUGCACACCUGGCUGGUGCGCCCGGCAGCGCACAGCUGAGUGUUCACAUUGAAAGCAAGUCAAGGACAGUCAAGCACACAGCUUGCCUAAUGUGCUAAGGUCCCGGGGUUCAAUCUCCGGCAGCCCCUCUUCCCCUAAAACAGCCCCAAAGUGGUCAUAGGAGCUGUGGCCCGCGAGGUGGGCCCUUCCCAGCGUUCCUUGCCCACCACGUUCGCGGUGGAAAACUUUUCCAAAUCCCAUCUUGGCUCCAGUAUGCUACCUCCCCCAAGCCCAGAGACCACACUGGUUCCAGAACCCCAAACAAACCCCUUUGGAGCAGGGUGGUCAGCAAAAUUAGCAAUCUCUCCCUUGUUCCCACAGCCUCAGGGAGCCCUCCCGCUGCCACCAGCGUGUCGGUGAGAGAGUCCUUGGGCCCAAUUCUUGAUGCAACGAUUCCUAUGCAAGGGACAUUUUGAGUCCCCCCGCCCACCUCCAGCCUUCCCUUGGGACUUUAAGCCCUGCUGAGACAGGGGUUGAGGGGUGGGGUGGGAUCUGAUAGGGGCAGGGCAAAGGGCUAGGGGACUCCAGACAUCAGUGUAUGCCAAAGGGUUUAACUUUAAACAGCCCCUAUUACCCCCAUCCCUCAAAAGAGGCAGAUGGGGCGGAGAAAGGGGGCAAGAGUCCUUUUUGAGGGUACCACUUCCCGCUGUCUCCCCUGCGCUCCAGUUUCCCACACGUAUCCAGCUUUUUAGUUAAGCUUUUUUUUAAAAAGCUGCCAUCGUUAUAAAUGUCUACAAAACGUGAUUUUUUUGCCCCCUUCAUAUCUCCCAAUUUACCAAACAGUGUGGGGUUCGGGGAGGGAGAGCCAGGUCCUGGUCUCCCUUUUCCCCUCGGCCGCCAGGGUGCCUGCAACUGCACGCAUGCGCUGCAUGACGCGCCCCCCCACACGCAUGCGUCGCGCAUCCCUCCUGCGCUAGUGGGGGGGACGCACGGGCUGGGGGCGGGGCGGUGGGGAGGAAUGAUUGGCAGGGGGCAAGGAGGUCUUCCUGAGCUCAGCAGCUCCCCUCCUUCCCCACACACUCACAGCAAUAAGUUUCUCUACUUCUAGUGGGCGGACGGGCCUGGCCUGGCCCGGCGCGGGAGGGGCUGGCCAAGGGGCGCUCUCAGGGAUGGGGGCGGGUCCUGAGUCUGGGGGAGGGGAGGUCUGCAACUCUGGUGCUAACAGGCGGGUCUUCCUGGUCCACCCGCAGGCAGGCAGGGAGGGGUCGGCAGGCUCCUCCCCCAAGCCUCCCCCACGCCCAUCCAGGGUGCAUGAACCACCCACGCAGAAGCUGCCGCAUGUCAGUCCUCCCCCACAAAGAAACAGUGUCAUGUCCCUCCCCGGCCCAAUAAAUGAUUCCUUUUCAUUUA